AAGAAAAACAGAACCACCUCUUUUGAAGGAGAAGAAGAAAGUAACAAAACUCUAGAACAAGAGGUUCUCACAGAGGACCUAAACAUAGACAUGAACCAAACAGAAGAAACUCCUUUACCCAGCUCUGUGGUGAAGUCCAU